AUGCAAAUUAAUACAUGCUCUACACAUUCCUCAUAUUUGUCAAGAAUUUCUUUCCGUUUAUUCGCGACAUCUGUUGACAAAAAAUUUUUUACACGGGUUUAUAUUAAAUAUUUUAAUGGUAAUGCAAAGAAGGCUUUGCUUGCAUUAAUUCAAUAUUCUCGUAACAGCAAUUCAUACUUUGCUGAUUUACUUAAUAACUCACUGAAGGUACCUGAAACGAGAAAUAGUGAUUUGCUUCGUCUGAUAAUUUCACGAUCUGAAAUUGAUCUUGCGACAAUCUCUGAAGCAUACAUGAAAGGUUAUAAGAAGAAAUUAACUGAUGAAAUUAAUAGAGAAUGUAAUGGUUCAUACCGUGAUUGGUUAAUUGCUAUUAUUAAAGGGAAUAUAUAA